UUCAGUACGACGGAGGCAAGGUCAAGAGCAUACUCGCACGGCUUGAACGCGGACGCUUUCCGAAACAGUCUCUCGCUACCUCUGUGAUGUGACAGCCAAUUGCCAAUAGCCACAAUAAAAAAAAAAAACAAUAAGAAAAAUAUAAAAGUCAAGCUCGUUUCAAAACAAAACGUGUGGUGCUAGCACGUGCGGUGUUCCAAAUUUAAACUGCGAGCUUCGUACGCCGCGAGUUUUCCCGCCCGCGCGUCGUGUUGAAGAAAAUCGGGAUUUUCGCCAUUUCGUGUGAUUUCAAAACUUUCCUUUUCUAUUGUUUUGGAGCGAAAAUUAGUGGACAUAGAGUGAAUAAGUUGCCAAGUUGGGGGGCCACGGAGAUUUGAUUUCCGAAGGCGCGCUCGGCGCGUGGAGUGCGUGGCGCGGCUGCGCAGGCGGCGGCAGCGCGGGCGCAUCGCGGCAGCGCACCAUGCUGGCUAGCAUCAAGGGGUUUUGGAAGGUCUGCCGUUAUGGAGACCUCUACAUGGUGUUGGCGGCAUUGGCCGCGCAGUCGAUCAACAUAUCGGUGGGGUUCUGUCAAGGAUUCUCUGCAGUCCUGCUGCCCCAGUACACACUAGAAAACCCCGGAAUUACAUAUGAGCAGAGCUCAUGGAUUGCGAGCCUGGGCGUGAUAUCGAACCCGAUCGGGGCUCUUUUGGGCGGUAUGAUGGUGGACGCUGUGGGGAGACGGCUGCUGCUGCAGUCUAUAGUUCUGCCCAACCUGGUUGGCUGGCUCGUCAUCGCCUUCUCGGAGACCUACGUGUUUCUUUGCGUCGGCCGGUUUAUCACCGGUUUUACUAUCGGUAUGUCAACAGCGUCAUACAUCUACGUAGCAGAGAUCACAACGCCAGAGAAGAGAGGGGUACUCAGUGCUCUAGGCCCUGGAUUAGUUUCCACCGGCAUCUUCAUCGUCUACUCUCUUGGAGCCUUCGUACACUGGCGGAAGGUCGCCGCGAUUUGCGCCGGAGUGUCCCUGCUUACCCCAUUUCUGAUGUACUUCGUCCCUGAAUCACCCCUCUGGCUAGCCUCCAAAGGUCAGAUGAAAGAAGCCUACAGUUCCAUGUUCUGGCUCCGACAGAACAACAGUACAGCUCAACAAGAACUUAUGGAGUUCACCAAAGACCGGAAAGGAAACGAAAACAUGUCCUUUACGGACAAACUGGGUCUUUUCAAGCGAAGAGCUGUUCUAAAACCCUUCAUUCUUUUGAUAGUCUUCUUCAUAUUCCAAGAGAUGUCGGGGAUAUACGUGAUUCUGUAUUAUGCUGUGGACUUCUUCAAGUCUGUUGGGACAAGUGUCAACGAGUUUACGGCUUCGAUAAUUGUUGGAGGGGUCAGAGUGUUCAUGGGAGCUGUAGGGGCGUGCCUCAUCAAUAGUUUUAAGAGAAGAAGCUUGGCUGCGGUGUCCGGGCUACUUCUCGGCAUUGCCAUGCUUGGAGCGGCUGUCUGCGACAGUGUGAAUGGACCGCCCUUAAUAAAACUAGCCUGUGUGCUCCUCCACGUCUCAUUCAGUAUGGUCGGGUUCCUCCAGCUACCCUGGAUAAUGUCAGGGGAGCUGUACCCUCAGGAUAUCAGAGGAGUCAUGUCUGGAGCCACGUCCUGCUGUGCUUAUGUCCUCAUCUUCUUCAACAUCAAAACGUAUCCUCAAUUAGAAAACUUGUUAACCAGUAAUGGAACUUUGUACCUUUUCGGAGGAUGUGCGUUGUUAGGAGCCGCUUACUGCUGGUGGUUCCUGCCGGAGACUAAAGGGAAAUCUUUGGCGGAAAUUAUGAGGCAGUUUGAUGAGGAGAAGAAGGAUAGUAUAGAUCCUGAAGUUGGAUGCACCAAGAACUACCACAUGGAGGGGAAACCAGUACAAAGGAGGCAUAGUGCCGGCGCUGCCGUGUCUUUAGAGAAAAACAAUGACAUUUUCACACCCAAAUGGGUGACCAUAGACGAGAAAAAGAACAGACUGGAGUGAACUUCUCCUGUUUAUGCUAGCCUAGUAUUUAUUGGUCCAAAGCUUGCAAACGUUAGUUACCAUUAGGUCGACUUUUGUAAAUAUAAUUUAAUAAAUUAAUUUUGUUAUGUGAUCAGUAUUAUAGGUAUUUCGAGUGACUAUUUUAAAAUAUACAUUCCAUAGUUUUAGUAUUAGCUAGUUUACAAGGUGACGAUUUUUAUUAAUGUAAAUUACUUUUUAAUGUUUUUGAAUAUUUUUAAGUACAAAAUUUGUAUAACUAAACUUUAAAAUACCUAAAAACGAAGUUUUUAUAAGUUUUUACAAGAAAUGUGAGUUAACCAAUUUAAUGUGUACAAGAUAACUAUAUAAUAUAUUGUAUUUAUAAGCUACAAUGACGUGUACAGGGUGUCCGAAUUUGAAUACUUUUAAUAGAUAAAAAAUAUUUAUAAUAACUAUGUUGAACGCUGUGAUGAUAUAAAAUUUUGAAAAGAGUCUAAAAGAGUGAAUAAAAUGUUUGUUUUUAAA